CCUGCUGCCAAAUAGAAGGGGCAGACUCAGGCCAUCUCUUAAGGAGUUGGGCAGUGAGAAGAGCCUUUCGGAGAUCUUACAGCCCAGAUACUCUGCAGCCUCAGCCUGCUGAACAGCAGGUGCAGGACACGGACUAAAGAGCGACCCUAACCCUCCAUUCUGACUGCUCUCCCCAAGAGAGAUGACACGAGCCCAGGUAGGAUUCUGCUCCCUGCUGCUGCUCCUGCUGCUGGGCCUGUGGGUGGCGGAGCGUCCAGUCACUGCCAAGCCCAAGAACAUGACCUCGGCUCAGUGGUUUGAAACUCAGCACGUGCAGCCCACCCCUCAACCAUGCAACUCAGCGAUGAGCCGCAUCAACCAGUACACAAAGCAUUGCAAAAGCCUCAACACCUUCCUGCACGAGUCCUUCACCAGCGUGAUCCCUACCUGCAACACCCCCAACGUGGCCUGCAAGAAUGGCCGUAACAACUGCCACAAGAGCCCACAGCCUGUGUCCCUGAGCACGUGUGCCCAUGUCUCAGGGUCAUAUCCAGGCUGCAAGUAUAAAGAGAAGCACCUGAAGAAAGCUUACAUAGUGGCCUGUGACCCUCCCCAGAAAGGGGACUCUUGGCAUUCCAAGCUGUUGCCUGUGCAUUUGGACAAAGUCUUUUAGAUUUCCAGACCUCCUCACUCUUUGGCUGAGCCUCACUUUCCUCUCCAUACCUCUGAGUUACAACUCCUACACCCAGAGCAUUAUUCCCCCCCCCCCCCCAUCUCUGGGCAUCUCCUGGUUCCGGCUCUUUUGAGAGGUAGGGUGGGGGUUGGGCGGGGCUUGAGGCUGACUUGUAGGUGAACUGAGCUCCGGUGAGGGCUUCGUCGUGUGCUGCCAUUUUCCCAGAAGCGUGUCCCGCAGAGAGAGGAUGAGCUAGUUGGGGGUAGGGGGAGUGCUGGGCUAUGCCUUUACCCAUCACUCCUCUGUUCCGUCUUAUCAUGGCAUCUUGACAAGGGGAGGGAAGAAAUGUGUGGGAUUUAAGGACUGAAUUGUUCUUGUUCUUAAGCCAGAAGUCUUCUCCAGCUCUGAUGCGGUAGGGAAGUGACCCGUGUGGAGAGAGGUGGCCAGAACGAAGGAAGAUAACAAAUAUCCCUUCAUAUUUCUAUAGCACGCCCUGCUCUUCGUGAGCCCUCUAAUCUUUUGUGAGACAGAAUUGACGGGGAUUACGUGCUUUGCCGUUGAAUGAGGAAACAGAUUUCAGAAAGCUUAAUUCGAGAGCUGAUCGGUCUGGUUAGUAGGAGAACCUGGACUUGAACUUGGGUUUCCUAACUCUAAAUAUAGGAUGGUUUCUACUACACCCAGUGGGGCAAGCAAGGAGAUCAUCGCAGGAACAAGAGGAGAACUAGGUGAGAGUUCACUCGUGAAGAAAUGCACCCUCAGAGCUCUGAAACGCCAGCUACCCUGUGCUGGCUGCAAAAAAAGGCUAUUACCUUGCGAGCCAAGAGACACGUUAUGAGGCGCUCCAGGAUCUCUCCCCCACCCCCACCCCAGCUGUUCCUCCCCUUUCUCUAGCCCAGUGCUCUUCUUCCAGCCUGGGCCCUGGGCUUGGCUCUAGCUAGAUCCCCUUGGCCUGAAGGCAGAGGGUAAGGGGAGUGUCCCUGCUUCAUCCCCCUACCAGGAUCACGUUUCCCUUGACCUUAAGGGACUUCCGUGGCCCUGAGCCUGCUUGUCACAAACAGGCUGGUGGGAGCUGCCAGAGCUUCCUUCCUCCUGAUAGCGAUCUCCCCUACCUAAGUGUUUCCCUGGCUCUCCACACUGGCAGUGCGCCCGGCCCUGAGGGGCUGAGAUAUGGAAAUGCCAUCUCCCUGUACCCCUGCUGCCGAUGCCGAUGCCGGGUCUCCCUCUGUAGCACGCAGAGCUGGAGAAUCCAUGGCUGUACCUGUGCACUGAGUGCGGAAAGCCCCUUCCACAGUGCCCACAGCCCUGACCAUCCCCAGACUCUCCCUCAUCUUUUAUCUCAGCCCCAAACUGUACCACAUCCAAUGCCCACCCCACUUCAGAGUCACCUACACUGCUAAACUUUUGUGCCGCCUCUUAUCUACCGCUCCCACACCCCUAACCACACCAUCAGAGUAAGCUCUGGAAGCAAACAGAAGCGGAUGUAAAUCAUGGCUCAGUCAUUCCCGGCUACAUGACCUCAAGCAAAUUACUGAACCCUCCUGUUUUCAUAGGGUAAAAUGGGAGUGUUCCUGUCUCCCACCCAGGAUUGCAGGAAGAUCUACAUUUAUGAAACUCUGAUCAGUCCCAGCAGGCACUCCAUAGAUAAAUGGAUAACAAGCAGUGGUGGUGCUGUCUGUGUUUGGAAAACAGGGAGACCAAGGCAAACACCGCAGUCAAGUCUCCUCGGCAGCUUUCUUCUCACAGAGCAAUGGUCAUGAGUGCACGAGGGAACAAGUCUGCCGGCGGAGUCCUGCUAGGUGGGACAUGUGGUUGGAGUUGAUGAGCGGAGAGCGAGUAGAGAAAGGACGAUCAAAAGACAGGAGAAGAACAUUGGACAAUUCGGAGCAUGGAGCCAAUAAGUUGACAACUUGGCUGUGCCAGAGGCUUAAAAGUAGAAGAACAGUAAAUACACAUCGUGGUUAAAUGCCAAACAGCUGUGAGAAUCACUGUGCCCUGGCAUUGGAGCAUUGCCAUCAUAAAAUGGACUUCUGAGAUAUGUGAAUAAAUCUGUAGUUUAUCCAAAAA